AUGAAUUUUGCUGGUUUCCUUGAUAACAACACCGGUGGUGGUGCAAGAAUCGUUGCCGAUAUGCCUUAUAGCAACAGUAACGCUAACAUCAGCUAUAUGGACAGCAACAACAUGCCCACUGGCACCAUUACUCACCCACGCCUUGUUUCUCAGUCUCUCUCCUCCAAGCCAACGUUCAACUCUUCUGGCCUCUCUCUAGCUCUUCAAACGAAUAUGGAGGGGCAAGGAGAGGUGGCAAGAAUGGGGAAAAAUUACGAGUCAGGUAAUGUUGGUGGAAGAAGAAGCAGAGAUGAAGAGCAUGAGAGCAGAUCUGGUAGUGACAAUAUGGAGGGUGCCUCGGGGGAUGAUCAAGACGCUGCCGACAAGCCGCCGAGGAAGAAGAGAUACCACCGACACACCCCUCAGCAAAUUCAAGAACUUGAAGCUCUCUUCAAGGAGUGUCCACAUCCUGAUGAAAAGCAAAGACUAGAGCUUAGCAAAAGGCUUAGCUUGGAUACUAGACAAGUCAAGUUUUGGUUUCAGAAUAGAAGAACUCAGAUGAAGACACAAAUCGAACGCCAUGAGAAUUCGAUACUUAGGCAAGAAAAUGAUAAACUUCGAGCUGAAAAUAUGUCGAUUAGAGAAGCAAUGAGGAAUCCUAUUUGCACUAACUGUGGUGGUCCUGCGAUAAUUGGUGAAAUAUCUCUAGAGGAACAGCACCUUAGAAUUGAGAAUGCCAGGCUAAAGGAUGAAUUAGAUCGCGUUUGUUCGCUGGCAGGCAAGUUUUUAGGCCGGCCAAUUUCAUCUUCUGCGUUUUCCAUGGGGCCGGCAUUGCCAAACUCAAGUUUGGAACUUGGCGUUGGUAACAAUGGAUUUGGGGGCAUGGGCACCAUUCCAGCAACUUUGCCUUUGGGGCCUCCUGAUUUUGGGAUCGGGAUAUCGAAUCCUUCGCCUGUGAUGCCUCCGACUAAGACAAUGAUGAAUGUAAUACCAAUUGAGAGAUCAUUAGAGAGAUCAAUGUAUUCUGAGCUCGCUUUGGCUGCAAUGGAUGAAUUGGUAAAAAUGGCACAAAACGACGAACCUCUUUGGCUCGGGAGCUUGGAAGGUGGAAGAGAAAUAUUGAACCAUGAGGAAUACUCGAGAAUAUUUACUCCUGUUAUUGGAAUGAAACCUAAUAGUUUUGUAACUGAGGCCUCUCGAGCAACGGGUAUGGUAAUCAUCAACAGUUUGGCUCUCGUUGAGACAUUAAUGGACUCGAAUAAAUGGGCGGAAAUGUUUCCAUGUAUGAUUGCUAGAACCUCGACUGCAGACGUGAUUUCAAGUGGUAUAGGAGGAACAAGAAAUGGUGCACUUCAACUGAUGCAUGCGGAACUCCAAGUUUUAUCGCCACUGGUCCCGGUUCGCGAGGCCAAUUUCCUCCGAUUCUGCAAGCAGCAUGCCGAGGGCGUGUGGGCUGUUGUUGAUGUGUCUAUUGAUACUAUCCGGGAAACUAACACAUUGCCAAACUGCCGGAGGCUUCCCUCCGGGUGUGUAGUCCAAGAUAUGCCCAAUGGCUACUCCAAGGUUACAUGGGUAGAACAUGCAGAAUAUGAUGAGAGUGUAAUUCAUCAUCUCUACCGCCCUUUGAUAAGUGCUGGCAUGGGAUUCGGUGCCCAAAGGUGGAUAGCUACCCUCCAAAGACAAUGCGAAUGUCUUGCUAUUCUCAUGUCUUCUGUUGUGCCCACAAGGAAUCAUAACGCCAUAACUGCAAGUGGACGAAGGAGCAUGUUGAAGCUAGCGCAACGUAUGACCAACAGCUUUUGUGCUGGAGUAUGUGUUUCAACCGCUCACAAAUGGAACAAACUUUGUAUUGGCAAUGUGGGCGAAGAUGUCCGAAUCAUGACCCGAAAGAGUGUGGACGACCCGGGAGAGCCCCCUGGAAUUGUUCUGAGUGCUGCAACAUCAGUCUGGCUACCAGUAUCCCCACAAAGACUGUUUGAUUUUCUUCGUGAUGAACACCUUAGAAGCGAGUGGGAUAUCCUAUCCAAUGGCGGCCCCAUGCAAGAAAUGGCCCACAUUGCUAAAGGCCAGGUUCAUGGAAAUUGCGUCUCCCUCCUAAGAGCAAGUGCAACAAAUGAAAACCAGAGUAGUAUGCUUAUACUCCAGGAGACGUGUAUAGACGAGGCAGGGUCACUUGCAGUUUAUGCACCCGUUGAUAUUCCAGCAAUGCAUGUGGUAAUGAAUGGUGGAGAUUCUACCUAUGUUGCCCUGCUUCCUUCGGGGUUCGCAAUCGUACCUGACGGGUCUGGGUCCCAUGGGCCCAAUAGCAACGGGGAUCCAAACCAGAGAGGAAGUGGUUCAUUAUUGACCGUGGCCUUCCAAAUCUUGGUUAACAGCCUCCCUACAGCCAAGCUCACAGUGGAAUCUGUCGAGACUGUCAAUAAUCUCAUCUCUUGCACCGUGCAGAAAAUCAAGGCUGCUCUUCACUGUGAAAGUUGA